UACAUAUAAGCCCCUCACCCCCAAGAUUUUUCACUUUUCGACAUUUUUCCCCCUUUCUUCUUCUUCUUCUCUCUCACACUUUUAUUCUUCACAAUAAUUCCAUUAUUAUACUCCGAAAAUCUCUGAUUAGCGCCAAUUAAUCUCGAAUAUGCAGAGCUCGUCCGCUGUAUUGAACACCAAACCACUUCUACUAGCCUCGAUUCAUGCCGACAAUUGCAAUUAUCACAAUAAAGAUAAGUUUUAUUGUAGUUUAGUUACUGCCAAGUUCAGCCGGCUACAAUCGAGGAAGCCCAUUACUCUGCGGCCGCCGCAGAGGGGUCGGCGCGGCGGCGAGUCUCUCGUUACUUGUAAGAAUACAUGGAGAAGAUUUUCGUCUGAGUUCAAUGAAUCGAUAGUUCAAUCACGGUUGCCAGAUAAGUGCCAGAAAGUAUCUUGCUUCCACUCUUUUAAAAGAAAGCAAAUUGGUUUGAACAGAUUCAGCUCUGGAUUCUUUGUUGACAAGUCAACCUUUCAUCUGCCCCACAGGCUUGAUAAUGCUAAAGUAAGAAAUCGGUUAAGUAAUAGUCCUUUUUCAGUGUUUUGUUUCAGUGAUGAACCUAUAAAGACAUCUAUUAGCCGGUCGGUUUCACUAUCAUGUAGUUGUAUGGAAAUUGUGAUGUGUGGUUGUUACUUACUAGAAUUGUUUCUUCUUGUUACAUUGGCCAUGGUAAGAUUUCAGCGUCAAUUACUUAUGCUAGAUUACAUCUUCAAGCAUAAUUCUAUGAUUUGAAUCGGCUUCCCUACCCCAUUUGGAAACUUUUUAAAAUAGGUGAAGAUCAAUUUUACAUUCCACAUUACAGUGACGUGAAUUAUAUUUUCCGACACCCAUUUAUGGCACUGUUAUUAUCCUUUCCUUAAGCAGUUCCUUAUGAGAGAAGGAUAGCUGGUUUGCAGGAAAAUGGUUGGAAUUUAGGGAAAUGAGAU